CACAAACUGAAACAACACAUACAACAUUAAUAUGUUAUCCAGAAUACAAAGUGUCAUUGUUACAUUUGGAGUUCGUUAUUAUGGCAAAGUCGGAAUAAUUGGUGUCCCAUUUGAAAAAGGACAGCGUAAGGAAGGAGUAGCACAUGGUCCAGAAACGAUUAGAGCAGCCGGACUAGUGCAAGAAUUAAAAUCUCUGGGCUUGGACGUAAAAGAUUAUGGUGACAUUCUGUACGAAACAAAGGAUGUAUUAGGUGUGAAUAAUAUGUCUCACUUGGGCGAUGUUGCUGGUUGCACUAAUUGUUUAUCGGAACAAGUUCAAAAGGUUUUAAACGACGGUCGUCGAGUAUUAACUAUUGGGGGUGAUCAUAGUUUAGGAAUUGGAACUGUAGAUGGUCAUGUUAAGGUAAAAAAGGAUGUAGGUGUAAUAUGGGUUGAUGCUCAUGCAGAUCUUAAUACUAAUAAAACUAGUGAAAGUGGAAAUGUUCAUGGAAUGCCUGUAGCAUUAUUAACUUCUGAAUUGGCUGAUUAUUGGCCACAUCUUCCAGGCAUGGAUUGGCAGCAGCCUAUGCUAUCUAUUAGGAAUGUGGCUUACAUUGCAUUAAGAUCUGUAGAUCGUUAUGAAAGAUUAGUUAUUGAAAAAUUUGGUAUUACUGCCUUUGGCAUGGAAGAUGUUGAACGUUAUGGGAUUCAUGAUGUUGUUAAUAUGGCAAUAAAUAAAGUAGAUCCUGAUAAUUCUAGGUCACUACAUGUUAGUUUUGAUAUUGAUUCAGUUGAUCCUUUAGAGGCACCAAGUACAGGAACAUCUGUGCGUGGCGGAUUGUCUCUUAGGGAAGCUAUUCACGUAAUGGAAGAAUUGUAUAGAACUAACAGAUUGAAUGCUGUUGAUCUUGUAGAGGUAAAUCCUCACAUUGGUAAUCAUCACGAUGUUCAAUUAACAGUUCAGGCUGCUAUACAUAUUAUCCAAGCCGGUUUUGGUUAUACAAGAAGAGGACUUAAGGUUCCGAAGGGUGUUACCGAUAUGCCUUUACAAACAUUCAGAUAGCAGUGUGUUUUUUUUUUAUUCAUAUUCUAAAUCUAAAUUAAUCUACCAUAUUUCCUCUUGUUCGAAGCCUAUACACUAGCAAACUUUUAUACACUUUUAAGCAGUACCAUAAAAAUAUAACAGAGAAACAAAAAGCAACAAUGUAUUUCAUG